CAAAACCAGAAGCAGAAGUCACUGCAGGAUCGAAAUAAUGAGCUAUCUUCAGGAAAGUCAACCUUUGCUAUUUCCCAAUAAUAGGGUUUAUGAUGAUGCCUGGAUUUCCCAUUACACUUCAGCAGAGGUUGAGGACUUACUGGGAAAUGGAGAGAAGCAGCUGGUUACCGUGAAAUGGUGGAGCAGGGUUGUUGCAUGGGAGGCAAAGCUGAUUUGGCUUCUAUCAUGGCCUGCUGCAAUUUAUGGUGUAUUCAACUAUAUGCUAACUUUUAUCACCCUAAUUUUCGUUGGCCAUUUGGGUGACUCACAGUUUGCUGGUGCCUCUCUUGCUUGUCUGGGACUUCAAGGUCUUUCUUAUGGACUCAUGGUAGGAAUGGCCACCGCAGUACAAACUCUGUGUGGACAAGCAUAUGGGGCCAAAAAAUAUGCAGUAAUGGGCAUCAUAUGCCAGAGAUCAAUUAUAUUGCAGUUAGUGGCAGCUAUUCUUCUAACUCCCCCAUUUUGGUAUUGUGGCCCACUUCUCAGCUUCAUUGGAAGAUUUGAGAGCAAUGCCAUUUUGGAGUAUGGACAAGUUUUCGGCCGUGGAUCAGCUCCUCAGCUCUAUGCAUAUGCACUGUACUUCCCUAUGCAGGGGUUCCUCGUGGCACAGAACAGAGUGAACGUAAUGGCAUGCACAUCAGUUGGAGUUUUUCUCUUGCAUGUGCUUGUCACAUGGCUAGUGGUUUCUUUUCUAGGCUUCGGCCUUUUGGGGGCUGCUCUUACUUUAAGCUUUUCUUGGUGGGUGAAUGUGCUUGUCACAGGACUCUACAUUAUUCUGAGUCCCUCUUGCACGGAAACUUGGACAGGUUUUUCUAUUAAAGCCUUCAAGUUGAAAGGACUCUGGCCUUAUUUCAUGCUCACUAUUUCUUCUGCUGCCAUGCUUUGUUCGGACGUAUGGUAUCCUCUUGUAGUGAAUCUCAUAUCACAGAUGCUUGCCAACUCUACCACCUUAGUGGACUCUCUUUCCAUUUGUCUCAACUACAUGAACUGGUACUCAACCUUUGCCGGUGGCAUGUUAGUGGCCUCCAGUGUUCGUGUAGGCAAUGAACUUGGGGCACGUAAUCCAAGGGUAGCAAAACUCUCAGUGGCUGUAUGUAAUGGAAUCAGCGUUCUCACCUCCUUCACAAUCUCUGUAAUAUUUCUGAUAUUUCGGGUUGGACUAAUCAAGCUUUAUGCUACUGAUUCUGACAUUACUGAAGUCACGUCCAGUUUGUUUCCUCUUGUUGCCCUCUAUUUUGUCAUCCUUGGCUAUCACUUCGUCCUCGUUGGCCAGGCAAUUGGAAGCGGACGGCAAACUCUAGUGGCUUGGGUGAACGUAGCUUCUUAUUAUCUUAUUGGCCUCCCAUUGUCAUAUGUUCUUAACUUUAAAACCAGUUUAGGAGUUGCAGGUCUUUUUUGGGGUUUGAUCAUUGGCCUUGUUCUUCAAACAGCAACAGUCGGUACUAUUUUAUUCCAGACCAACUGGGAUGCUGAGGUUGAAAAAGUUGCUGCUCUGUUGAAGAAUUCUGCUGAUGAAGAGAUCUUAAAGGACUUGGCUGAUGAUUGUUAAAGACAUGUCGUCGGUCAUGUCAGUUUAUUAAUUCAAGUUUGUUAAGGGCCGAACCCAAAGAGAAAAGAAGGGAAAAACCAAAAAAUUAUUAUGGUUUUUCACUUCAGAUUGCUACUCAUGGAACAAUCCAUUAUUAAAUGAUAAAAAAUGGACUUGAUGAUAAUGAACAUUUUAUCACUUGUAAAUUUAUAUAAACAAUGCUUUCAUGAAUGAAAUUGUCAUUUCACUGAUG